AUGGCUUACCAACAACCUCAACCCCGGUAUGGGCAAUGCGACUCGUACUUUGUUGAGUCACACGAUGAUGGUAUCUAUGCUAUUCGUGCGGAGGCACGAGAGCGUGCUCGAGCCAUUGCCCGCAUGCAACAACGGGCUUUGGCUGAGGAGCUGUCAAGAAUAACUGCCGAGGAAUAUCAAGAGGAUAUUAUGGACCACAUGGAAUACAUGGAGUCGCAAACUCUUCCUGACGUCAACUCGAUCGACAUCCAGACGGAGAUUCAGUGGUUCAUGCGUCCUUAUCUUCUUGACUUCCUCGUGGAAGCACACGCCGCUUUCCAGUUGCUCCCGGAGACACUCUUUCUCGCAGUCAAUCUUCUUGACCGAUAUUGCUCUCGUCGCGUGGUGUAUAAACGCCACUAUCAACUGGUCGGGUGUGCCGCCCUUCUCAUCGCUGCCAAGUAUGGUGACAAGAAAGACCGGGUGCCGACGGUGCGAGAGCUUAAAUCGAUGUGCUGCGCCCUGUAUGACGACGAAAUGUUUACCCAAAUGGAGUGGCAUGUGUUGCAGACUCUGAACUGGAUUAUCGGACAUCCCACCGUGGACAGUUUCCUGCAGAUCGCGCUUUCGGAAGGACCUUACGAUCCCGAAGUCGAGCACAUGACCUUGUACAUUGCAGAAAUCGCUCUGUUCCACAAGGAGUUCGUUUCGACUAGGCCCUCUGUGCUUGCCAGGUCUGCUCUUGCGCUCGCAAGGUGCAUCCUCUCGCGGGACCAACCGAAGGCUUCGGAAUGGGCUGGCGCCUAUGACCCCCAAACGGUUAUGAGCCUAUCCAACCACUUGUAUCAGCCGUCCCAGGUCCUGUCUCGAAAAUACGCAUCAAUGCAUCUAUCGAGCGCAUCCACCACGGUUGAUGAGUUCCUUCAGCGCCAAGCUCAGAUUGCUCGACGCGCUGCGUCCCCGCCAACCCCUCCAGCAGCCGUCGCCCUCGAAGAGCCAAAGCAUGUCGCGGAAGUCUACGGACCCCAAACGCCCCAGAAGGCUCAUUACGGAGCUGUCAUGCAACAUGGCUGUCUCACUCCCCCAAUUACCCCGGAGAACGAGCAGUUUGGACACGGAAACCUAGGAAAGACUCAUCCGAUCCCACCAGCAUACCCCUCUACUCCAGACCAUCCGUCCAACAUGCAACACCAGGCACAAUACUACCACAACUCGUACCAGCAGCCACAAUACAUGUAA